AUGGACGACAGGCGACGCGUUCGGGGAUCCCGCGCGGCCCUCGGCCAGGCAGGCAUGUUCAGGGUUGCCAACCGUUCCAUGUCCCUGCGCGGUGGGAGCAUCGCAAAAAGCGGUAACGGCGCUGGCGCUGCUGCAGAAUCUCGUGCAGCUGCAGGCGCACCUGUUCUUGAACCGGGGCCCGGGGCAGUCAGGGCGGGCAUCCAUGUAGGGCACCACCACACUUGCACGCACGGCCCUGUCGCCCCCCUUGCCCCCCUCACCUCCGCUGGGCCCGUUGUUGAAUCAGGCACUUCCCUGCCCCGGCAGACCGAGUCGAGACUUGUUGAAAAUGCGAGCACCCCCGCCGCUUCCUUCCCUGACGGUCGUUGUACCUACCUGACCCGUCCACUUCCUGUCCCCCCUCUCAGAGCCAACAUCGCAACCAUGGCAUCACGACCGAGCACAUCUGGCGGCCCCAAGGCGCCGUCCAGCUUCGACAGCAUGGCCGACCGGAGGAUAUCGAGGGACGACAUGUUUCUGAAGGCCCCCCAAACCGCAAUGGAAAACAAGCGAAUCUCUAGAGACGAUAUCUUUGUGGGAACGCGAAAGCAACCCGGCUGGACCAGGCCGGCGCUGUCAGUCAUGCCCCGUGUUGGGCCUGCAACAUCCUUGGACUCUAGCCCUGCCCGUCCAUCACCAACGAUCACGAUAGGAUCUGUUUCUGUGCCUCGGUUUGGCCGGAGGGGAACGGUUGACUCCCAGAUGUCUGGUGAUAUCCCCAUCGGUAUGGCUAUCGGGAGCCCAACUCACAUCCCGUCCGGUCUUUCCACCACAUGGACGCCACAACAGGCCCCUCCGGCACAGGAGCCUGCUAUGAGGUCGGAGCCUCCACGGCAACCACCGCCCGAGCCUACUACCGUGAAGCGCACCAAGACCGGGAGGCGCAGGCUCUUUAGCCUGUUCAGCAGGAAGACCACACCAGACGAGGUCAAGGCCGUCAAGGUCCCAGAGCCACCUGUUGUCGACUUCUCCGGAUCCAUGUACACGGCGACGGCAGAAUCAAUGUCGUCGAAAACAUCUCCCUCGAGGAGCGCCACGUCCGCUGGCGGCAAGGGUUCUGCUCGGCAGCCCGAUAGAUCCCCCGCGAUUGUCCGUACGAACACAGAGCCGUUCCAACAAGCCCCCACAGACGCCCAAACUAGAAUGCCAGCAAGAGGCGCCCCGUUCGAGCCGGAUUGGCGCCGGCGCCAGAAGGAGAUUGGCGUAUCUGGGCCAAUGAACCUGAGGGCUCCGCCAGCUGCCUCGUCAACAUUUGCCGGGAAAGGCCUCCUUUUGGAUGUCGAGAUCCCUUCUAUCAAAAUGGAGCGGUACAGCGUUAUGUUUGGAAAUCUUCUGGAUGCGAGGCGCGACUCCGCUCUCCUCAACAGGCGGCAGGCUGCUGUGGAGAAACUGCAUGCCAUCAGCGACAGAGUGAUGGCUGAGCAAGGGUUGAAAGAGGCGCCAAUCGCGCAUCCACGAAGGGCAACAUCGCCGCAGACGAUCAUGGAGUCGCCUAUAUUUCCCUCACGAGCGUUCGCCACGUUUCCGACCCCGCCGCAGUCCCGCCCCGAGAGGCUCGCAGCGCAGGCUCCCAUGUCGCCAUCAAGGAUGCGCUCGAACACGUCUCCUGCAAACCUACCAUCCCCAAUGCAGUCCACUUUUGGGAGUGACGCCCUGCCACGCGGCCAGGCAGUGGCGGCACCGGAGCCACCCAGCAGGGCGUUCCCCGCCACUUCGAAGGUCAUUUACUUUGAGCCGGGCCAAUCGAGCCUGGUCCUCGAGUCCCCGACCAGCCUGGACGAUGAUGCGAACCUGUCCCCACGACCCAUCACGCAGGUACAGCCCCUGAGGCCCAAUCUUGCCGAGCCGCAGUGGCAAAUGAUAACCCCGCCCAUGUCAGCCGCGCCUUCCAGCACCUCGUCGUCGAGCACUGGAAGCAGUGGCGCCGCGCGGAAGCGAUCGCCAUCCGUCGCUUCGUCGGUGCGGACAAACAUCACGAAGCCAUCGCUUGAGAUCGAAGAGUCGGACCAUGCCCUCAAGGCCGCGGUGGAGAUCUCCAUCGCGCGCCAGAUCAGCGUCUCGCGCCAGCAGCGCAACCUUCUGCUGCCGCUGCACACGGGGCCAGGCUCCGUGCGGCAGGGGGCCGGGGGCGGCUCCAUCGGGAGCGCGAGCCCUCACGAAGGCAGCGCCUCGGACAGCCCCGUGAAGCUGGGCAGGAACGAGCGGCUGAUCGACUCCGUCGCCUCGACCCCGACCCUCAUCCAACCGCCUCACACCCCGGACUCUGAGCUCCUCAACUACAGGAAGAGCUCGCGGGUGGUCCUGGAGGCGGCAUAG